UGCCGAAGUUGCGACCCUUUCUUUGCUCGAAGAGGUUUUUCAGCCGGCAAACGACCACAUAUCUUCAAUGAGAGAGAAAAUGUUUAAUUUCUCUUAAUGGCAUCAUCAUAUACGCAAAACCAAGAGAAAGCUCACACAGUCGGUUUAGGGGAACUAUACGUCGAUACCGCCGGGACGUGUCACCUUGAAUUCUGCCUACUCGGAAUGGUUGAACAUCGGUCGCGGCUAACGUAACGCUAACCAAGCCGUCUCGUAAACUCCUCCGCAAAAGAAUUAUUGUAGCUGGCUGUCAUCGGAGGUGGGUUACUUUCAGCCUCUACAUAUGUUUCAAGAUUUUUUUAAUAGCUGUCUUGUCUUCUUACGCGGAGUUUUGAAAUGGGAGUAGUACUGCGGAAUCUCCAAAAGGUGGUGCCUCUUCGCCGCGCCCGACUGCGCAAGGAUGUUGAGACGCUGAGGCACAUACUGGGCAUUCAGAAGUUCGAUCUGGGCAUCGUUUGUGUUGAUAACCACAAGAUUCAACAAAUUAAUAAGAUCUACAGAAAGAAAAAUGUGCCGACGGAUGUCCUGUCAUUCCCAUUCUACGAGGACCUAAGACCCGGUAAGCUGCCUUGCCCCCCUCAUAGGGAUGAGCUGAACCUUGGGGACGUUUUCUUGGGGGUGGAGUUUGUGAUGAAGCAGUGUCAGGAGGAAUCCCUAGAUCUACAUGGGGUUCUGACUGUGGUCACUGCACAUGGUAUCUGUCACCUGUUGGGCUACAGGCAUGAGACGGAGGAAGAAUGGACUGAGAUGCUGCAGAGGGAAAGCUACAUUCUAAGUGAGUACAACAGGCUCACAGGUCGUCAUCUCGAGCCACUGAUGAAGAGAUGCAAUCAAGAUAGGUGACAGUGAUUGUCACCUGCUACCUCCACAGUUGAACACUGCACUAGGUGUACUAUGGUGCUUUAUAUGGCUUGUACACUGUCCUGUAACUAGAUGGACUGUUUUAAUUACUGUCCUGCCAUGAUUCAUUAACAAAUUGUAAGGACAGAUUGCUGUCCUAUUCACAAACAGUAUUUGCUGCUACUGUUUUCUGAAGGACUUGCAUCUACCAAUUCUUUGGACAUCCUGAAACACUGGAUUCAAGUGUUGUUAAAGAGUUCUAAACAUCAAAUUAAAACGUCUGUGCACUUUCACUGUAAUAUUUUAUUAAAAUCUGCUUUAGGAAGAGUCAGUUGUGUAUGAAGGGUAGAAAAGGCUGUUCAUUCUUACUUGACAAAUACAUUUUACCCUCUUUACACAUUUGGGACAGGAUGUUCAGGAAGGUGCCACACUUCAGAAAUGUAAAUUCAAGGUGAACAUAAAAAACCCAAUCUCU